AUGAAUUUCUCUGGCCAGUUGGUACAUCAAGCUCUACUACGACAAGUUGUAACAUCUGCUAAAGAAGAAUCUGGUGUGAUAUUAUUCAGGUUCAAAUUUGCUGGAAAGAGGGCAACAUUUUCUAUUGCUGAAUUUGCUCUUAUCACUGGUUUGUUAUGUGGUGAUGUCCCUCCCCUGUCUAGCUUGAUUGACACUUCUGUGCAUAGGAUUAGGGACUUGUAUUUUGGUGGAAAUAAGAGCAUUAGUAGAAAUAAGUUAGAUGAAGUUUUCAUGAGUUGUGAUCCUGAACCUGGAAAGGAAGAAGAUGUGUUGAAGCUAGCUCUGGUAUAUUUUUUGGAGUCUGUUUUACUGCCUAGGGAGCGUAGUAGGAAUAUAGAUAUCCAGUGGUUGCAAUUGGUUGAUAAUGUUAAUGUGUUUAAUAAGUAUCCAUGGGGAUCUGUGAGCUAUGCACGUACUGCAAAGUCUCUUGCAUCUGUCAUGGUAGGUCGUGCUGAAAAAUUUAAAAAAAGAUCGACAAAGAUGGAAAAGUACAGCAUAUAUGGAUUCCCGCUAGUACUUCAGAUAUGGUUUUAUGAAGCGGUGCCGCGCAUCGGUAUGUCUUACGCAAACGUGAGGGAAGAAAACCGGUUUCCCCGAAUAUUGAACUGGAGCAGCACUGCCACUCCAGAAUCUAAUGCUAUUGUCUCCAAUAUUUUUGAUAUGAAAAAGCUAGAAGUGCAUGAUACGCUUGUCCCUACUGAUUUAGAGUUAGGGCAGGAAUAUUUGAGUAGUAUUGGAAGCCCCAAGUUAAAGGAGACGACCAAUGUUGUGGGGAGCUCCAAGACAAAGAAAAAGAGCUCAAAGAAGAAGAGUAAUGUAGCGGAUGAGAGCAAUGUUGUGGUGGAUGCGUUUGAGAAUUUGUUUGGAGAUGAGGACAAUAAUCGCCACAACCCUGAGAUUGAGCGAGAGGAUGAUCCAAUGGGAAGAGUUAUUGAGAAGUUACUUGGGAUGGAUAAGGUGUUGAUUGAGCAAAAAAAAAUAAAUAGGUUGUUGAGGAAUGAGGUUACAACUUAUUUUGAUGCAUUUUUCCAGUCUGUGGAGGAUAAUAUGAAGACACUAGUGGAAUUUAGAAUAGGAACUAACAUGGAGGUGGAUGAUGAGGUUCUAAAUGAUGAGAUUGAACCUCAAAACAAGGGGUUGGAGAAUAAGGAGAAUGAUGCGAAGGAGGAGGAGGAUAAGGUGGAGGAAAAUGAGGAAAAGGUGGAAAAUGAGGAGAAGGAGGAUGAUGUAGUUCAAGUAAAAGAGAAUGAGGAGAAGGAGCCGGAGCAGGAGGAGGAGGAGGAGGAGGAGGUGGAGAAGGAAGAAGCUGUAGUUCAAAUAAAGGAGAAUGAGGAGAAGAAGGAAAAGGAUGAGAAUGAGGAGACCGUAGUUGGAAGAAAUGAUGCGGAGUUGCCAAGUAUGGAGCUGGAAGCUGUGGAUGAACUAUUAGAGCUUUCAAAGCAUCGGUUUACACCAGAGAAGAUAAACAAGAACUCUGAAGGAGUGGAGGAGAUUAGAGAGUCUCAGUUUCCCACAGCUACACCAAGUGGGACACGCAAGUAUACUAGAAAUAAGAAUAAGCGUGCGAAGAGGCCUGGACCACAAACGAAAACACCAUUUACCUCCCCCAGCUUCAAGAGGAGGAAACUUAUGGUGGAAAAUGAGACAGUUAAUCCAUUGACAGACGCUCCAAUAUUACAGUUGAAGCGAGCGUAUCCAAAGGAAUAG